GGAAGGCUUCCUGGUUUUUCAGAAGUGAUCUUGACAGUCUCAGAAGGUGAAACUUUGUCAAGUGACCAGCGAAAACAGAAGUAUGUGGAACUGCUGAUAGCUCGCCAAAGAGAAAUUAUGAAAUUAGAAAUGCAGAAGGUACUUGAUGAAAGAAAUGAAGCCAGACAGAGGGUGAUGAAGCUGGAGAAGAAGCUGACCUCCCUUGAACUGUCCUACUACAAAGACAACAGAGCUAAUGCUUUACUGGCCAAGCUGAGAGUGACAGAGAAGGAGAGAGAUUUGGCAGUUGCUAGACUGAAGCAUCUGACACAGGAUGUCAGUGAAACAAAGCUGAUGUACAGGUUGCAUAAGGCAUUACUUUCAGACAGCCCAGUAAACCAGACAUCUGUAUAUCCUGAAGUUAAAACUUCCAACCUUGACCCCACGGAGAAGAAACCUGUGAACUCUGUACUUUCCAAGAAAGCAGAAGAAAAAGUUGAACUAGAGACAAAGAUUGUGUUGAUGGAAAAGAAAAAUCAGUCUCAGUCAGCACAAAUUGAGAAACUCCAACAGCUGGUGGAACGUCAGCGGCAGAAAAUCAAUGCUUUGUGUCCAGGACCAAUGUUGAUGGAACCAAACUAG